ACUUUCUCAGCAUCUGUUGAGAUGGAUACACACACACAUAUAUCUAGUCUAAUAAUAUGUGGAUUAUAGUGAUUCAUUUUUGAAUGUUAAACCAACCUUGCAUUCCUGGAGCAAUCACCACUUGAUGUGAAGUAUUGUUUUUUUAUUUUGGAUUCAAUUUGUUAAAACUAAAAAAAAUUUUUUUCUUCAAAUUUAUUCAUGAGGGUCGGUAGUUUUCUACUGUCUUUGUCUGAUUUUGGUAUCAGUAAUGCUCACCUCAACUUUCUGGAAGAGUUUGUGUAAGAUUGUUACUGCUUCUUCCUAAAAAGACUAACCAAGGUUUAAGAACUACUGGAUCACAUACAAUCUGUUUCCCUUAAAUUUUAAACAUUAUAACUCUGUUCUUCUCCUAUAAUAGGACGUGCACAUUCUGAGAAAUAAAGGUAACAAUCCCUGUUAUUAUUAAAUGAACCUCUUUGGAGGUGGCAUGGAAGAAGUAUAUAAGUUUUGCUAAGCAUAGCACAGAGUGAGUAGAUGUUUUAUUUUAAAAUUUCAGCAAAGCCAAAUUGAUGCUAAAGGACUGAGGAUCUAUAGGAUAGGGGAAGGCAAGAUUUCAUAUACUUAGAGUGGUGUACUGGAGCUGGCUUGUGCUGGCUUGCAAGGGCCAAUUAUUUUCAGAAAUUUUGCAAGCCAGUUAUUAAACAUAACUUAAAAAAUUAAAAUUACAUAGACUUAUAAUUAAAUCAUAUUAGAAAUAAAGGUAGUAAAUACUCAAAACUCAUCAUCUCAUAAUUAUUUUACUACGCUUUAACAUUAUUUAUGUUCUUGAGGUUAUUUACGUAUGACAUAUUAUGUAAUGGUAUGCUACGGAGUGAGCAUCUCUUCCUGACUCUCAUUUAGUGGCAUCUAGUUGGUAGCUUGAAAUCUACCAUUCAAAUGGGGAUAUUUGCCCUCCAGAAACAGGUAAAUGCUACAAAUAGAGCUUGAUUUGUUGUUUUGUUGAUUGCUAGACUUAAAGUGAUGGACUACAAAACCAAACCCAUUGCUGUCAAGUCACUUCUAACUCAUAGCAACCCUAUAGGACAGAGCAGAACUGCUCAUAGGGUUUUCAGGGAGUGACUGGUGAAUUCAGACUGCCAACCCUUUGAUUAGCAGCUGAACACUUAACCACUGCACCACUAAGGCUCCAAUAGUGAUGGAGGAAAUGUUAAUAAUCCAAAUUAUGCUUAAAUGUGUUCUCAGUCUGCUGGGAAUAGCUCAAAAAUUGAGGAAAUAUUUUCCUCAUACUAGAAAAACCAUUAUCAGCAAAUAAAUUGCAUAUGUCAUUAAAAAACAAGUGAAGUUCUGACAUACGUCUUUGUUGAUUAACUUUUGUCUUACACGUUAAUGUAAGUAAUUGUCUUACACUUGAAGUAAAUUGUCAACCAAUUCAUGUUGGAAUUACAUUUAUUUGUCAAUUGAAACCAUAGGUUGGCUCUAGAAACAAGAGGUCAGCAAAAAUCAACUAAAACACUCUGUUAGAAUCAACUGACUGUAUGAAAUUUACAAUAAAGAGUAUUGCAUAUUUUAAAAAUUUGUGGUACACAUACUUUAUACUAGUAAGAUAUAUAAUACACACACACACAGACAUUUCCUCUCCAGAGAGCUUAUCUGUCUUCUGAUACUGAGCAGUGUCUGUAGUUAGUUAUAUUGCUUGUGUCUUUGUCCAUUCCCUGUCCAACACCUAGCAAUGGAUGAAUGCUGCUUAGUAUUUAUUGUAAGACCCAGAACGCCUGUGAAAUUUCUUUGUUCUUCUGCUCUGUCCUCAGACUUUUCCAUGUCCGGCAUAUAAGGCUGUAUGGUGUAGUGGACUAGGGACCAUAGGGCCACGCUGCCUGUGUUAAAUUCCAGCUUUGCCAACCACUAGCCUUGAAACCAAAGGCAAGUUACAGAAUUUCCCUGUGCCUCUCUAAAAUAGAGAUAGUAAAAAUACCUAUUGCAGAGGGUUGUUGUGGUUACUAACUGAAUUAAUACAUGUAAAACACUUUGGCUAAUGUUUGUCACAUUGAAUGAUAGUUAUGCCCUGUUAUUUGUAUCCACUUAGAAAUUGCCAGGAUGCUCAGUCUUUGGUAGAAUUAGCCAUCUACUUCUCUUAGCACCUAGAGACGAUUUUAACUGGCUAGGAUGUCUUCUUUAGUCAAGGAAUUUAUGAGUAAAUGGAACUCACAACUUUGGCUUUUCUCUUUUUCUCUGGCGCAAAUGGUUUACUAUAGUGCUUGAUUUCCUAAAAUCUGGUUUAACGUAUAUUGUACUGUGGACUCAUGCUUAGGUCAUUUUUUGCAGGGACUCUCAACUUUGGCAUUAUCGACGUUUUGGGCCAGAUAAUUCCUUGCUGUGGGGGACUGUCCUGAGCGUUGUAGAAUAUUUAGCAACAUCCCUCACCUCUACUCACUAAAUGCCAGUGGCACGCCUGCGAAAAAUUGUGACAGCCAAAAAUGUCUUCAGACAUUGUCAAAUGUCCUCUGAGGGGGAAAUCGCACCUGGUUGAGAGUGAUUGUUUUAGAGGAGACUUCAAUGUGUGGUGUGCUAUCAGACUGUAAUUUGUUAUUUUAGUUGUUUCUUACAGAUAGCCAUAGCAGUUUGAUUCAUCAGUAUUUAUUUUUUAGAUUGCCAUUAGUUUUCCUCUAUAGGUCUUUCAUAUUUUCACAUCAGUAGAGCUACUUUAUUUAGUUGUUGUAUUUUUUACUGAGAUUGGUCAGUAGAGGCAUUUCUCCCCCCUUCUCCUUCCCGUGACUGCUCAGACUGAUGGCUUAAAAAAAAAAAUAAAAAACUUUCUUGCCUCUGUAGGUGCCAUGGAUUUCGGCAAAACUAGGGAAGUUUUCAAUGGAUAAUAAUACGCAGGUCUAAACAUUUUGUAUGUUAUUGCUUUUGGUUUCAAAAAGAAGAGAAAGGAAUCACAUAGCUUAGUGAUGAUGUCACUUUUCAUGUACAGAGGUGGUUGGGUUAAGAUUUCUACUCCAGGAAAGGAAAUGAUUGCUUGAAGGUAGGUAGCUGAUUGUCCUUACACAUUCAUGAAUGACCUUUAAGCUCUUCAAAAAAUAGUAACCCAGGGUAUUAUUUUAGAAUAUUAUUGGAAUUUAAAAUUAUUGAACAACUAAUGAAUAGAGUGUAAAGUAUUCUUGGUAGCAAGUUUUUUAAAACAUGCUUUUGAUAUAAUCUUUAUACUUUAGUUGUAUAUAUGUAUGUAUAUGUAUAGUCUCUGCUUGGGAAGAACAUGGUCUUGAGUCUAUCAAUUAAAAGCAUCCAGUGUUUCCUAUAGGCAUCUUUUACCUUAUCUGAAUACUUUUCAUUAUACCAAAUGAUUUUUAAAAAUAUAUUGUGUAUGUGUAUAUGAAUGAUUUAUAGAAAAAAAUUUCUAACUUUCAUUACUUAAAUAAUACCCAAGCAAAAUCAGAUUGGAAAUAUUGGUGGCAUGGUGGUUAAGUGCUAUGGCUGCUAACCAAGAGGUCGGCAGUUCGAAUCUGUCAGGUGCUCCUUGGAAACUCUAUCAGGCAAUUCUACUCUGUCCUAUAGGGUCACUGUGAGUCGGAAUCGACUCAACGGCAGUGGUUUUUUUAAAAAAUCAGAUUAAUUUCUUUAAUCCAUAUUUUUACGAGAAAAAAACUUUAGAAAAAUAUGGGUACAACACACAAAUAAACUUCAGAGUAAUUAUAUACCAUAGUGUACUUCUAUGGUUUUAGGCUUAUUGCAAUUAAAAUCAUUUCGUAAAAAUGCUUAAAUAUUCUGGCUUUGAUUAAAAAACUAUGGCUGUUUAAAUGAAUAGCAAUAUUUUUCCAUAUUCUCAUUAAUUUUGUGAAUCUGUAAUAAUUUUAAACAAAUAAACUUGUUUGGCAAAGUUUUACUUCUCAUUUUAUUGGUCUUUGUUGUUUUACAGUACAAUAUAGUUAUUUAUCUUGAUGUUUUGAAGAUGUCUUUAGGUAAUAUGUAGCUCUCUCAAUGUUGGUAGAAUGCUAGGCUAUUUAUCAGAAUCUUGACAAAGAUUAUUUGUAAAAACUUGAGAAUUUUACAGAUAUCUUCAAGUACAUGUCAAAUGCCUUUUUAUUUUUUUAAUUAAGAAAGUACUGUGUUCAUGCAAGAACAAUAUAUUGUCAGUAUAGAAAGAGUUAAUAUACAUAAGCAAGAAGAAUGAAAAUUAUAAUUGCAUUCUUUAGACCUUUUUUCAUAUACAUUGGUAUACAUUUUGUAUACACACAUUGUUUUUAUGCUUUUUAUAAAGAUGGGGUCAUACGGUAUGCUUUUCCUUAAAACAAAGAUAGGAUUAUGCUAUAUGUAAUCAGGUUUUGUUUUUAGUUAGCAAUGUAUGUUAGUGUUUUCCCACAUAUUUAAGUGUUCUACAAUGUCAUUUUUCCUCACACAUCUGUCAGUUUGCCUUACUGUGUUAAAAAGCAAGGAUGUCACUUUAAGGACUAAGAUGUGCCUGACCCAAGCCAUGGUGUUUUCAGUUACCUCAUAUGCACGGGAAAGCUGGGCAGUGAAUAAAGAAGACCGAAGAAGAACUGAUGCCUUUGAAUUAUGAUGUCAGGAAAGAAUAUUGAAUAUAUAAUGGACUGCUAGAAGAAGGAACAAAUCUGUCUUGGAAGAAGUGCAGCUAGAAUGCUCCUUAAAAGCAAGGAUGGCAAGACUUCGUCUCACAUACUUUGGACAUGUUAUUAGGAGGAACCAGUUGCUGGAGAAGGACAUCAUGCUUGGUAAAGCAGAGGGUCAGCAAAAAAGAGGAAGACCCUCAAAGAGAUGGAUUGACACAGUGGCUGCAACAGUGGGCCCAAGCAUAACAAAAAUCAUGAGGAUGGUGCAGGACUGGGCAUUGUUUCAUUCUGUUGUAUGCAGGGUCACUAUGAGUCGGAACCAACUUGAAGGCACCUAACAAUAAAGUCAUUUUUAAAAAUUGUAUAAGUACAUUUCUAUAGUUGGAAAAUGACCUGUUCUAAUUUUUAGAGUUGCUUUUUGCUAAAUAUAGAUUACCGACUUUCAGAUUAGACUACAAAAGAUAAACAUUCAAUCUAUGCUGAACAUAAUUUAAAAUUUGGGGGGAAACUAUUUAUUGUACAAAUAUGUUGCCGUUAGGUGCCGUCGAGUCAGUUCCAACUUAUAGUGACCCUGUGUACCACACAACAAAACACUGCCCAGUCCUGCGCCGUCCUUACAGUUGUUAUGCUUGAGCCCAUUGUUGCAGCCACUGUGUCAGUCUGUCUCAUUGAGGGUCUCCCUCUUUUCCCCUAACACUGUGCUUUACCAAGCAUGAUGUCCUUCUCCAGGGACUGAUCCCUCCUGACAACACGUCCAAAGUAUGUAAGACACAAUCUCACCAUCCUUGUUCUAAGGAGCACACUGGUUGUACUUCGUCCAAGACAGAUUUGUUCAUUCUUUUGGUGGCCCAUGAUACAUUCAAUAUUCUCCAAUAGCACAAUUCAAAGGCAUCAUUUCUUCUUUGGUCUUCCUUAUUCAUUGUCCAGCUUUCACAUGCAUACAUCUGUACAAGUAUAGAUUUGCACAAAUGUUGGGAAUUAGGGAAAUGAUAGAAUUCUGGGUUAACCAGUUUCUAUGGUAUUUACAUUUUAUAGAGCUUUGAAAAACUUAUUAUUCUUUAAAUCCCAUGCGUUUAUUUAAAUAAAUAGAAUUUUAAGGUCGUUAUUAAAAGAAAUAGGCUGCUAUCGAGGUGAAAGAGUUACUAGUUUCAUUGUAGGCUAGUUCUUGUCUUUAUAGCAAGGAUAAUAAAAUAAUAAUAAAAGUUGUUUAAACUUAAUUUUCUUAAGAUUGUAUAAAAUGUAUAGCCUUUUAGUUGCUUUAGUACACAUUUUGUCAACCAUUUUACAAUAGCUGGUACAUUUUCUUAUUUUAUAGUUGAGCGUCCUCUUUCAUUUAUUCACUUUGAAAUUGUCUCCUGAGAACAUGAAAAACUUUAUUAAGUCCCUCUAAGAGGUUAUGGAAAGAAAGACUAAUAGGGAUGCCAAAGGAAAAAUAUGAUCCACCAGAUCCUCGCAGAAUUUAUACCAUCAUGUCAGCAGAGGAGGUAGCCAAUGGGAAAAAAUCUCACUGGGCAGAAUUAGAGAUCUCGGGUAGAGUGCGGAGCUUAAGUACAUCACUUUGGUCAUUGACACACUUGACAGCACUGCACCUAAAUGACAAUUACCUUAGUCGCAUUCCACCUGAUAUUGCCAAGCUUCAUAAUCUGGUUUACCUGGAUCUGUCAUCCAAUAAACUCAGAAGUUUACCAGCAGAACUAGGAAACAUGGUGUCUCUCAGGGAAUUGCUUUUAAAUAACAAUCUGUUACGGGUUUUGCCUUAUGAACUUGGUCGGCUCUUCCAGCUACAAACUCUAGGUUUGAAAGGCAAUCCUUUAUCACAGGAUAUUCUCAACUUAUACCAGGACCCAGAUGGAACCCGAAAGCUACUGAAUUUCAUGCUUGACAAUCUUGCAGUUCAUCCAGAGCAGCUUCCUCCGAGGCCAUGGAUUACAUUAAAAGAACGAGACCAAAUUCUGCCCUCUGCAUCAUUCACGGUUAUGUGUUACAAUGUGCUAUGUGAUAAAUAUGCUACCCGGCAGCUAUAUGGCUAUUGCCCAUCCUGGGCAUUAAACUGGGAAUACAGGAAAAAGGGAAUUAUGGAAGAAAUUGUUAACUGUGACGCAGAUAUCAUUAGUCUUCAGGAAGUGGAAACAGAGCAAUACUUCACUCUCUUUCUGCCAGCAUUGAAGGAGCGUGGAUAUGACGGAUUUUUUUCUCCAAAGUCACGUGCCAAAAUCAUGUCUGAGCAGGAGAGAAAGCAUGUGGAUGGUUGUGCAAUAUUCUUCAAAACAGAAAAAUUUACAUUGGUGCAGAAGCAUACAGUGGAAUUUAACCAAGUGGCAAUGGCUAAUUCAGAUGGAUCCGAAGCUAUGCUUAACAGAGUGAUGACAAAAGAUAACAUUGGUGUAGCUGUGGUAUUAGAGGUCCACAAAGAACUAUUUGGAGCAGGUAUGAAGCCUAUUCAUGCUGCAGACAAACAGCUGCUUAUAGUGGCAAAUGCCCACAUGCAUUGGGACCCAGAGUAUUCUGAUGUGAAACUCAUCCAGACCAUGAUGUUUGUCUCAGAAGUUAAAAACAUUCUGGAGAAAGCCUCUAGUAGGCCUGGCAGUCCAACUGCAGAUCCCAAUUCUAUCCCGCUGGUGCUAUGUGCAGAUCUUAACUCAUUGCCAGAUUCAGGUGUUGUAGAAUAUUUAAGCAAUGGAGGAGUAGCUGACAACCAUAAAGACUUCAAGGAACUAAGGUACAAUGAAUGUCUUAUGAACUUCAGCUGCAAUGGAAAGAAUGGAAGCUCAGAAGGGAGAAUCACACAUGGCUUCCAACUUAAGAGCGCCUAUGAAAAUAACUUGAUGCCUUACACCAAUUACACCUUUGAUUUCAAAGGUGUGAUUGACUACAUUUUCUAUUCCAAGACUCAUAUGAACGUGCUUGGUGUCCUGGGGCCUUUAGAUCCUCAAUGGCUGGUUGAGAACAACAUCACUGGGUGUCCACACCCUCACAUCCCUUCAGACCACUUCUCACUGUUAACACAACUUGAACUCCACCCUCCACUCCUGCCUCUUGUUAAUGGUGUUCACUUGCCUAAUAGGAGGUAGUGGAGUCCUGCCCCGCAAAGACGGGGAUCUGUUGCUAUGGACCUGUACAGUUGUAAAUCAGAGUAUGUAGGAGUGAAGUAUGGCCAUCCUUAAGCUGCUUCUUCAGGUUCCUUUCAUUAUAUGUUUGCUAUAAGAUUUUGUACAUUUUCAUGCAUAUUGGUAUCCUUUGGCACUAGGGUUGGAACCAAAGUAUUGCUCUCGUUCCAAAUUUUUAAUUUAACAUGUUUUUAAAUUGGGCCUUCUUCAUAUUAUGUUAAGACUCCACAUUCAUAAUUGAUAAACUACCAAUUAAAGGCCUAACAAUAGUGUAUUUGUUUUUCCAAAACAAAUACUUUCUUUUGAAUGGGGCCAAAUGAGCCAACCAUUUUUGUAAAAGGCAAUUUUUUAAAACUAUAAAUAUAAGGUUUUAAACCGAAUGAUGACAUGCCUUUCAGGGAAAACUUUCUUGAAUUUCUGUUUUCCUUUAUAACAAAAUGACUUUUGGGUCCCCAAGUUAUUUGCACAUUAACAAAGCACUUAAAUUUGUUUGAUCUGUAUAUAAAACAUGAUACAGCCUCUAGUCAUAAUAAGAAAAAGUGAGAAAUUAAAGAUGGUUACACAGUAUGUUUUCAAAAUCAAGCAUAUAACAGCACGUAACAGUUCGUAAGUCAGACACUUUUUUUGUUUUUGUUUGGGUUUUUUUUUUUAUUUUUAUUUAAGUAUUUAUUUAUGUUUUGAGGAAUUGCCCUGUUAUUUGGUCCCCUUUUGGUAUUAGUUCUAAGCCUGUCUCUCCAGUUUAUUUAUGGGGAAACAGCAGGUAAUUCAUACUUGCCACACAGCUUGAAAAUAGAAUUUGGUAUGCUUAAGAUGAUCACAAAAUUAGUGUCCAGCAUUUUUUAUUGAUCCCUAUCCACCUUUUCUGUCUGGUUGUGCUGGAAAACAGAUAUUAUGAUCUGUAUCAUUUUUGCUGUUACAGCCAAAUGUUAAAAUAAGUACUCUGAAUAAGAAGACCCUGAUCAAACUUUGAGAAGGGGAAAGCCAUACAAAUAUUUUACGUGUUUCCCAAAUAGGUUAAGUGACUGUUGGUUUUGGUUUUUUUAAGGUGACAACGAAAGGAUUGCGGGGAGAGAGAACAGGGAGUAGUUGAAAGCCUUGGAUCAUUUUCUUGGCCCUAGCUGCCAAAUGGCUAUCAUAUGCUUUUAACCUUGGUUUCUGUUGUCUGUCAGGGUUGAAUUAAGAAGCUACUGGUUUAUUCCCACUGUUGAUGCUAUAGAUAUAUUGGCAUCCUUUUUUUGCCCUGACGGGGCCAUUUGAAAAUCUGUGACUUCAAGAGGCAGUGAACGGAAUAUCGUUUUCUGGGGGAAAAAUUGGUUGGCUGCUUGAUGUUAAUAUGGCACAGUAACAGGAAAAGGUUGUGUCUGUGUUUUUAAGUUUUUCUUUAUUCUGCUUUUUUGCUGCUAUAAGAGUUUUCUGAAAUUUAUAUUUUAAACUUUUCAUGCACUUUACUGUUUCUAGUCUCAAAAUGUGAUAUUUUUAAUAAAUAAGAAGUUUUCCAUUAUGUGAAUGAAAUUUUAAAAGAAAAUAGCCUAUAUUUGUGUCUCACUAAUAUAUAAAGUACAGGUCAAAUUUAAAUUAUUCAAUUAGUUUUAAAUAUAUACAAUUUGUCUCCUCUUUCAAACCUGACAUCUUAACCUGUUUUAUUAGACUUAAAUGAUGCAUUUCCUUUGGUCAUUUUAUAACUAAUUUUUUCCAUAGUAAAUUAAUCAGGCCAUAUAAGAUAAUAUUUCCCCGAAGGAUAAUUUUAGUGGGACUAGGGUGGUGGGAUGAUGUAAUAUCAUACAUGGGAUUACAUCAGAAGGGUAAAGAAGUUUAAAGCCUAAAUAAACUCCCUCUUUUAAAAGUGCCUAUUGGUAGAGGCGUUGUUUGUAAUCUGUUACAAUUGGAAUGUUAUUGUAGUUGAAUGAAGUUUGAUGUAAUAAAAUAUUCUUUUAAAAAUGUUAAACAAACAAAGAAACAACCCUUAAGAUGACAGAUUUUCCUCAGUGUGCAGGUAUCCCUUCUUAUAUACCUCAAGCAUUCAACAUCUAGCCAUGCGAAUUGGUUACCUGAAGCAUAGUACUGGAAAGUAGAAUAGCAUGAAAAACUUAAUUUUGUGGACAUUACCUUUUUUUGUAAUCAGCUACUGUAUGUUUUUAUUUUUAAAUCUUUGAUUUUGGUUGGGUUUUCUGCUCUGGAGGUAUAUGCACUAACAAAACAUUUUCCUCCUUUCAUAUACGCAUGUUAAUUAGCAAUGUGAGCAAUAUUUCCUACCAUACUUCACUCCCAAUAUUUUUUGAGAUGUUUGUAUAAAAUGGAAUUUAAAGUUCACUUAUGAUUGUAUAUGAACCACAGAGGAGCCCAUUUAUUAAUAAAAACUUUUUUAAUAGUUAAAUGUAGAGGGAAAAAAUAAAAAAAUUGGGAAACAUUGUAAACAGCUUAAGUUUAUUUUGUGUAUGAUCGAGGCACUCUGUUGCAGAAGGUGUGUAAUUGGGUUCUCUCUGCUUCCAAAUGCACUCUUUCAAACCAUUCAUUAUCCUGUGUAUUUUUAAUGUGGUUUUAGUAAAUGUUGGUAGUAGCCCUGUUGAAGUAGGUAACUGUAUUAUGUUUUGGGUGGCACACACACUUGGGGCAUGGUAACCCAGAUUUCAUGUGCACGGUUUCCCUUUAGCCCACUGCCCAAAUCUCACACACCCAUCACCCUUUGUUCCCUUUGUAAAAGGAGUGGUAUUUGUUUUGAGCUGCCAAUUCAGAUGAUCAGAAAUGCUGCUCUCCUCAGUAUUGUCUUGUUAAAUGCAUGCCAUUUGGAACUUUGGCAGUGAGAAGCCAAAAGAAAGAGGUGAAUGACAUAUGAUAUAUAUUCAGUGCAAAGUGAAAUAUAUGCUCAUAUACUUUCUAGUUCUCAGAAUAAGUUAAUAAGCUUUAUGCCAUGAGGCUGCUGCAUAUUUUAUCUAAAGAUAAAAGAAAAUUUGGGCAUUUUUAGAGUGUGAUAAUGUGUUUUUUUUUUAAUUGUUAAAUAUGAUUUGUCUAAGAACUGGAGUGUUCUUUAAAUUUAUUACAAACAGUGUUGUUUGAAGAAGAGAAAACUGCACUGUUUGCCGUUACAGCUCUCAUACAAGCGCAUGUCACGUCACCUACUCUCUCAGGCAUCAGUAUCCGCCUCAUAGCUUUACACGUUUUGAUGGAGAAUAUUGCAGCAUCCUCAGGACUGACAUCUGAGAAAGGCUCAAAUCCACUUAUUGCUCCUUGCUUGUUGACUUUGUUUUAAAAUAUUGUGCCUGGUGUCAACUUUUAAGCAACAGCACUGCCUAAAAGCAAGCAGAGAACAGAAUCCCAGCACCAUUCUAUAGGCAACUUUUUAGAAUUCAGAUAUAGUAAAUCUGUUCAAGAUUUAUGAUGUUUUAUGUAAAAAAAAAAAAUUUUUGUACAAAUGUAGCUGAAUAUUUUUGUUUCAUUUCUUUGAUGUAAGGUGUGUGAAUGUUUGAAUAUCACAUGUUAAAGUCAGGUAUGGCACAAUGGGUUCUGAGACCAGCUUUUUCCCCCUCCCAUUUGCCUUGUUCCAAGCUUUUUCUUUUUGAAUUACUUUCCUGAUACUCAUAGGCAAAUAUUUAAUUUUACUAAUAAGCAUCCUGUGUGAAUGUAUUAAAGAAGCCACUGUUUUAGUGUUGUAGUUUGCAGAAAUACAAAGCUCCGUUUCUUAUUUGUCUUAUUCUUUGACAUCGGAAAGUUAUAUAUUAAAUCACAGAGAAGCAAAGGGGAAAGUUGGAAGAUAUUUAAGGCUCAUAUCACUUGAUUCAAUUCUAGAAUUGGGGGUGUGGCACAUUAAACCUGGAACGUGGGCAAAUGUACUGUGUUCCAUUAUAAAAUUGUAUCUCCUAAGUACAUUUAAAUAGGUGAAAAAUUUAAGUUUGUAUUUGCAUUUCUAAGAGUUUCAAAAAAUCAUUAAUGCCAUCAAUACUUUCAGUAUCAAAUAGCAAGAAGUAGAGAAAGCACAAGGAGAAAUAGGUUAAGUAUGUUCUUUGAAGGAACAGAGGCAUAUGGUUCAUUCCUAAUACAAGGCUAGAUUUUCUAGCAAUAAAAAUUGACAGUGUCCCAGUAUUUACCUAUUUGAUUCUAGGGUCUAUAUUCUGAGUUUCUCUGCUAUUUUAAUAGCUUUUUAAAAAACACUGACUGGUCAGUAACUUCAGUCAUCAAAAAAAUAAAUAAAUCGGUUUCUGAUUUAUUUAGCAGUUCAUAAGAACGAUAAUAGUUUAUAGCAAGCAAGAACUUUAUGGCACGUUUUUAAAACAGCACUCAUACAUACUUAUAUUUUGACAGAAAUGUGAAUUCUCACAUUCGUAAGGUACUCUCUCUGACUUCCAUCUGCCUGCCUCUUAGUAUAUCUUUAUGAUGUGUGGGAGAGUCAGUUCAAGUUUCCAAAGGUAGGAAGGAAGUUGUAGAAUAACGUUGUGCUUAAUUCAUGGUACCAAAAUGUUUAUCCCUUUCCUUCUGAAUUGUAUCAUGUUCGUAGAACAGUGUUAAUUGUAGGUAGACAAGUUAAGGGAGUUAGAAUAUUUUUCUGAGCCAGGAACUUCAGCUAAAGUUUUAAAUUUGUUAGACAGAUGAGAACUUUCAUGUUUAUGGUUGCUUCGGAUGGUUAUAAAUUUAUAAUAGCACCCUGAACACCAAAUUUGCAAUUCCAACAUAAGUAAAUUAGUACACUUCUAACCUGGCUUAUUCACCAAAGUGGCAAUCUGCAUAAGAACAGGAUGCCAAGAGCAUCUUUUAUUUUACAAAACGACGUGCAAAUCUUUAUUUUUUAAGUGUCACCUUUAAAGCUUAAGGAUAGGAGAAGACAAAAAAAGAAAGCCCUUAUGCCAGUACUGCAGAAUGUUCUGAAUAGAUUUACAGAAAGAAAAAAAAAAUUUUUUUUCAGGAAGGUGGCAAAGAAGGUCAUGCAUAUUUCUUGUUUUAACCAAAUACUUUCUUGAUAUAAGUUUCUCUGUUAAAUCACAAGCCCUACUAUAAGAAGAGGGGGAGAUAUCAGGAAAAGAAAGCUUUAUUAACCUAGUUAGUAACUGCUUUUGGCAUAAGCUUACUUGGUUAGACUUGGGUUAUUCUUGGAACCAAAGGAAAAUAAGCAUAUUGAGGCUUCAUUCAACAAACAUUAUGACAUCGAAGUAAUGGGAAUGUUUUUAAGUAAAAUAGCUUUCACUUUCAAAGCAUAUGAAAUAGGAACAUUUCAUCUAUUAAAUGUUAGUUUCAUGGCACAGUAUAAACUCAGUGGCAUUGUAUUGGCAUUGGAGGUGAUAUCAUCAGAAAUAAAUCACAUUAUGAAAAGAGUAUGCAAAUGCCGAGUGAUAUGACUCUUCUGGCAUAGUAACAUGGUACAUUCAACUUUCAGAAUCUUUCAGAAGGCAUAGUUUGGCACCUAUUUCCAGUUACUUGUGUUACAACAAUCUCCCUAAAUUUAGAUAAUUUUCCUGUUUGUAUGUCUGUCACUUUUAACUUUUAAAGCUUAAGAAUCAUGGUGGCCCUUGCCAAAAUGGUCCCUUCUUGCUCUUUCAAUUUUGUGUUAACUCCUAAUUACUGAUCUAUGACUGUUUUCUUUCAAGCUAUCAAUUGUUGUGUGUGCCACAUUUGUUUAAUUUACCUUAGUUAUCUAAACUUACAAAAUUGGCUCAGUAUUGAUGUGUCAGACCAUGGCUUUGCUUCUUACUGAAUAGGCUUGAUAUCCCAUUUGUUUUAAUCUUGAUGCAGUUCAGUGAUGCAGUGUCUUGGGUUUGUAUUUAUUCAGAAACUCUACUGUCCUUUCUUCAUGCUUAACUUGAGAAAAAUAUAUCCCCUUACCUGUGAAAUUGCUGAGCGGUGCUCUGCCAACUGUCGGAGGGUAGAAGUUUGGGUGGCUGUGUUAUUGCACACUGGAUCUGGAAAUUGUUCAGUGUUGUGAGUGGCAAAUUCUUUAAACACCAGCAGCACUGAGAAGUGCACUAUGGGCAUUCGUACAGUUGUCCAAAUGCAAGCAAUUCUUUCAUCUAGGAGAAGUGGAGGAAUAGCAUUCAAUAAGAAUGCAUGGAAUAUUUUUAGGAGGAUGACAACUUUGGUUUUGUUGUCUCUGGGUUGGGAUGGUAUGGAGGGUUUUUUUUUUUUUUUUUUUGGAGAAACUGUGUGUAUAAAAAAAAAAAAAUGUACCUUUUUUUUUCUCUGAAAGGGCCAGGGUGUUGGUCAAAUUCACCGUGGAUUAAUUUAUAUCUUUUAUUGUGAUUUCUUUCAACCAUAAAACAAGUGCCAACUAAUUGUCCAUGGGACAAUCUACUCUUCCACUCAAUUUACCAUUUGAGUAGGGAAAGGUCCAUUUAUUUGCAUUACCUGGCAUUAAUUCAUUGUUUUGCAUACAUUUGAGUCAUUCUGUGGCUUAUAAUAUGUUUUUGUAGCUAUCUAAUUCUGUUGGUUGGAAAGUAAAGCACAUGAGUUUAAAACUGAGCAAAAUUUUUGGUAAUUCUUUUUCCUUUAUACUUGGUAGUUUCUAUUCCAAAACAAAUUCUACUGUUUUAGAUUGUGUAUUUAGUUUGGUUUUGUCCUAAGACAAAGCCAAACACCAAGUCAAUUGGUUAUUGUGUUCUAAUAAUCAGUUUAAAACCUAAUACAUAUAUUUUUUAAUUAGAAGAUUUAAUGAAGUGCCAUGUAAUUGUAGCUUGCUAGUGUUUAAUGUUUAAUAGACUGGUUCUGUGAUGUUCUAAUCAUUUAACACUCUCUGUCAUCAUCCUGGAGAAAAUGGUUCUGCUCUUAUUGAACACAUUCUCUCUGACAAAAUCACCAGCUGCUUUAUUUUUCUAUUUAUUACAUUUAAACAGUUGAUGAGGUCUGAAUCUUGACCAAACUGCUCAGCUGAGAUGUUUUUUCACAGUAGACACUGUACAAAAUAUGCGUGCAAAAGGACACAGUUGGGUGGUAGUAUUUUUUCGUUAAUGUGAACAUUGACUAAACAAAGCAGUCCUGCCUUUUAAAUCUUGUGGCAGCUCAGAAGGGAGGUGCUUAAGAACCUUAACUACUAU